AAAUCCUAACCAUAGAUCACGUUAUAAUCACAACAAUUAUUCCAUCCUAAUCAAAACAAAACAAGGCGUGUGUUGUUGUCUGCUUGAAGAAGACUGAGUUAUUUGAAAUCUGAAUUAUACUUAGAGCUAGCAAAGGGGUGACCAUGGAUGCUGUUAUUUCAUUUGCUGGUAAAAUUGCUGAACCUGUGGUUGUACCUAUUAGACGUCACUCUGGUUACAUAGUCUACUACAAGGACAACCUUAAAAAGAUGAAAACUGAUGUCCAGAAUCUAGAGGGUAAAAAACAUAUUGUGCAACACAAGGUUGAAGAGGCUAUAAGGAACGGCGAAGAGAUUGAAAUUAUUGUCCAGAACUGGCUGAACACAGUUGACAACACUGUUGCUGAGGCAAAUCAACUUAUUGACAGUGAAGGCCAUGCAAAAGCUCAAUGUUCUAUGGGGCACUUUCCAAAUCUGUGCACAAGGUAUCAGCUGGGUAGCAAGAUCAAAAAGAUGAUACUAGGUAUUUCUAAACUAGAAGAAAGAAAUUUCGACCAAGUUUCUCACCGUGCUGCUUCUCAAGUCACGGUCACACCGUUCGGUAGAGGUUAUGAGGCCCUGGACUCCAGAACAUGCAUGCUGAAUGAGAUUAUGAUGGAAUUGAACAAUCCUAAUAUCUUUAUUAUUGGUGUGUACGGGAUGGGUGGCGUGGGCAAGACAACACUAGUGAAACAGUUAGCUUGGCAAGCAAGGAAUGAUGGGUUAUUUGAUACUGUUGUUAUGGCUACUAUAAGUGGUUCGCCGAAUCUUGAAAAGAUUCAUGAACAAAUUGCUGAUGACUUGGAUCUGAAAUUUAAUAAGACGGUAAAAGAGGGAAGAGCAAGAGAAUUACGCGGAAGGAUAGGCAAGGAGAAGAGUAUUCUGGUUAUUCUGGAUGACAUUUGGGGGAAACUUGAUUUGGAAGAAUUGGGGAUUCCUUUUGGCGACGAUCACAAAGGAUGUAAGUUGGUGGUAACAUCGAGAGAUCUUCACGUGUUGACUUGUGAAGUGGGGACUCAGAAAGAAUUCAGACUUGAUGUUCUACUCGAGGAGGAUAGUUGGAAAUUGUUUGAGAAAAUGGCAGGUGAUGUUGUUGUUCAAGAGUUUAAUAUAAAGCCUAUUGCAGUAAAAGUGGCCAAAUGUUGUGCUGGUUUGCCGCUUUUGAUAGUUACGGUGGCAAAGGCUUUGAGAAAAAAAGACGCCUUUGCGUGGAAGGAUGCCUUGAAUCAAUUAGAGAGAUUCGAUCAAGGAGGUUUGCUUGAUAAAGUUUACUCUACUCUGGAAUUGAGUUAUAAUUGUUUAGAGAGUGAGGAACUGAAGUUGCUAUUCUCAUUCAUCGGUUCAUUUGGACUCGAUGACAUCCACAAUGGACAACUGAUUAUAUUUUAUUGGGGAUUAGGCUUGUUUAGAAACUGUCACACGUUGAGAGACGCAAGAACCAGAUACCACAAAUUAGUAAACGACCUCAAGGCCUCUUCGUUGUUGCUCGAGUCCAGAGCUGAAGUGAUUGGAAUUCAUGAUCAUGUACGACAUGUGGCUAAAUCAAUUGCAUCCAGGACUCGGCCAACCUAUGGCAUUCAAAGGUGUAGUAAAGUCGAAGAAUGGCCAGAGAUGGAUCAGCUUCGAAAAUACCAUCAAAUAAUUUUGCCUUGGUCUUAUAUUUACAAGCUUCCUGAGAAGCUGGAGUGCCCAGAGUUGAAGCUACUUCUACUUGAAAAUAUAGGUGAUUAUUUGAAAGUCCCUGAUAACUUCUUCUCCGGGAUGAUAGAGUUAAAGGUCAUUAGUUUAUUCGGAGUGGAGUUUUCUCCUUCUCCACCACUAUCUCUUUGUCUCUUGACAAAACUCCAAACACUGGUUCUUGCUGGAAGUUUGUUAGGAGACAUAUCAAUAAUUGGAGAGCUGAAAAGUUUGAAGAUUCUCAGGCUUGAAAGAUCUGAUCUUAAAGAACUCCCGAAAGAAAUAGGACAACUAACUAAUCUUCAAUUUCUGAAUAUAACCAACUGCCCUAGACUGAGAUUCAUUCCUGCAAAUGUUAUUUCGAGCUUAACGUGUUUGGAAGAGUUGUACAUGGGGAACUGCUUUAUCCAAUGGGAUGUCAAGGGAAGCAAAAAUCAAAGCGGCAAUGCAAGUCUAGAAGAGCUUAGGAAUCUGUCUCAUCUAACUGCUUUAGACAUAAUGAUUCAAGAUGCUUCGGUUUUGCCAAGGGACUUGCAGGUGUUUGAAAAGCUUGAAAGGUACAACAUAUUUGUUGGUGAUAAGUGGAAAUGGUCAUUGGCAUGGUCUGGAGGUGUUCCUGAAUCUUCAAGAGUACUUAAGCUCGAGGACAGUAGGAGUUUAAGCAUUCUUUCGGAUCGUGGAUUUAACUUCUUGUUGAAUUCAGCCGAGGACAUGUGCCUUGCCAAAAUACAUUGUGUUGGAAAUGUCUUUUACGAACUGAAUAGGAAAGGUUUUCCGCAAUUAAAGAAUUUGUGCAUUCAAGACAGUACUGAACUGAAGUACAUCACUGACUCGUCCGGGUAUGUUCAUCCUGAUCCGGCUUUACCCAACUUAGAGACUUUGGCUCUUCAAAAUCUGAUUAAUCUGGAAGAAAUAUGCCACGGGCCAGUUCCAAUUCAAUCUUUUACCAAACUAAGAUCUUUUGAAGUCAAAGGUUGUGACAAGUUGAAGAACCUGUUAUGGUAUUCCCUUGUUAGCAGCCUUCCUCGACUUAGUGAAAUGAAAGUUUCUAAUUGCAAAAUGAUUACCGAAAUCAUAGCUAUGGAAGCAUCUGAGGCGGAUAACGAAAACGACAGGACCAUGUUCCCCAAAUUGCAUUCUCUUGAACUUGAAUGUUUGCCUAGUCUCAUAAGUUUAUGUUCUGCGCCAUUGCCAGCUCAUAAUAGUCCCAUGGCACUAUUUGAUCAAAAGGUUGGGAUGCCCUGCCUUGAACUAUUGAAGCUGUCUAAGAUCAAUUCUAGGAAACUGUGGGACGACAUACUACCGGGUCGUUCUUGCAUUCAAAACUUGACGAGUUUGACAAUCGACAAAUGUGGUAUCAGAACGUACGCAUUCUCAUCCUCAAUGGCUAGAGAACUUGUGAAACUGACGUAUCUUGGAAUUAGUAAUUGCCAAAUGUUGGAGGAGAUAUUUGUCUCAGAUGAAAACUCAGGUUGUCUUCCUUUAUCUCAGCAACCGUUCUCGAAUAAUGAGGUUAUAUUUCCAAACUUGGAGACGUUGGAAAUCUCCCACAUGGAACACUUGAAGUCAAUAUGGCACAAUCAACUAGCUCCAAACUCCUUCUGCAAACUGAAACAGUUGAAAAUUAAAUUCUGCAGUGAAAUAUCAAUUGUUUUUCCUUCUUGCGUGCUUGAAAAAUUACAGAAUCUGAAAACAGUGACUGUAACCGAUUGUCCUGCUCUAGAAGUUGUAUUCGAAACUCAAGGUGGUGGUAGACAAACAAGGUUGGAAAUGCAUUUGAAAACUCUCAAUUUGAAAAAUUUACCAAUGCUGAAACACAUAUGGAGUGGGAAUCCCAAAGAAAGCUUCAAGUUUCAAAACCUCUGCCUAUUGACAGUUAUUACAUGCAAAAGCCUCAAUCAUGUUUUCCCCCUUGCUGUUGCCAAAGAGCUUCAGAAUCUCCAAAAGCUUUAUAUAGCAGAAUGUGGCAUAGAGAUGGUUGUGGCACAUGAUGAAAUGGCUGACACAGUUCCGAUACUUAUCUUCCCUGAAUUAACAGAUUUGAGUUUUCGAAAUUUGACACAACUUCGAAGCUUCUACUGUGGCUUACAUACCUUGGAUUGUCCCGUUUUAAGACGCGUGGAUGUUCUUCAUUGUGACAACCUCGUACUUUUCAAGCCAAAGUCUCUAAAUUGCCAAGACAUUGUCCCAGUUGAUGUACUACCCCUUCUCUCAAUUGAAAAGGUUGCGCCCAACGCAAGCGAGCUUAUUCUGAACAUCAAAGAUGUCACUAUGUUAUGCAAUGGUCAACUUAAUGAUGAGCAUAUCUACACAGUAACAGCUCUUCGCCUACGAUGUUUUCAUGACGAGUCUGACAAAUUUCCAGCCGGUUUCCUCCAAAGGUUUAUCAAUCUCAAAAAGCUUUAUGUGACAUGUAGUUCCUUCACAGAUAUUUUAUCACGUGACAACCACGGGUUUAUAUGGCAAGAGAAAUCUGAGGUGCAACCAGUUAUUCAACGUAUCGAAACUUUGUGUUUAGUUAAAUGCUCUAGACUGAAGGAAGUAGUUCCAUCCUCAAUGCUGUUUGAGAGUUUAGAGCAGUUGGAGGUGGGGAACUGUGCUGGAUUGGAAAAUAUUUUGAAAUCAUCAACAGUUGCUAAUUUACCAAAACUUUGGAAAUUAUGCAUAGAUGGUUGUGUUAAGAUUGAAGAAAUAGUUGCAAGUGAAGAUGAAAACGAUGCGUCUGAGCUAGCUUUGAAAUUGCGGUAUCUGCGAUUAACAAACUUACCAAGGCUAAGCAGUUUUUGCAAGGGAAAACAUGACUUCAAAUUUCCUCGACUGAUGACAUUAUAUGUUAUAAAUUGUCCCGUGAUGGAAACUUUCUCACACGGAAUGUUGAACGCGCCACAGCUCUUAGAAGUACGUGUAACGCCGCAAGCUGAAUGGGAAUGGAAUGGUGACCUUAACACUACAAUAAAAAAAAUUGCAGCGAAAAGGGUAAUGUGA